CUGUGACCCCCCCACGGCGCCGGGGCUCGAAGCCUGGCGCACCAAACCACCUCAGGGACGGCGCCCAGGCCCUGAGUUCGAGCCCCACGACGCACAGAAAAAUCAGAGCUGGAAAAAGCUUGCGCCUUUCUCGUGGGGGGGGGGAGGUGUGUCCGCCCAGCUGAAGACGUAACUUUUGCACCUACAGAUCUAACGGCAGCAUCGCUGCAGGAAAAUGGACAGUGAGGUACAGAGAGAUGGAAGGAUCUUGGAUUUGAUUGACGAUGCCUGGCGAGAAGACAAGCUGCCUUAUGAAGAUGUUGCAAUACCACUGAAUGAACUUCCUGAGCCUGAACAAGACAAUGGAGGCACCACAGAAUCUGUGAAAGAACAGGAAAUGAAGUGGACAGACUUGGCCUUACAGUGCCUCCACGAGAACGUGCCCCCGGCUGGAAACUGACGCCGCCCCUCCCUCCAUGCCGGCCGCCUUCAGAAAUACCACAAUAAACGUGUCUGAAUUCA